AUGAACAGGAAAACCGGGCACAGAGCUCAGUUCCUGUCUCACUGGGCGAAAUGGAAGGCGUCAAUCGAGGCGUCAAUGCAUAGUGCUCCUACAUAUUUACCAUCACCGAACAUGGAACCAUCCAAAAGUAUGGAAAACACUGAUGAAUGCACCUCGGAACUCAUGCACCACGACUCUUCUCAUCAUGACACGAGAAAUGCUCUCCUCAAAUUAUUGAACGAAGCAAAUGAUGGUAAAGCAUUACUGGCCGAGGAAAAGACUAGGGGCUGUCUCUCCUCAAAGGAGCGAUCCACUUUGUGCAAGCUUAUUAUAAGAAGAGAACUGCAAGGUAACCCUACGAAAAGAAUAUCGGGGGAGAGACUUCUGGCCACAAAUGUCGUGAUUAAAAUAAAUCAUUAUUUUAUGUUUUUCGUUCAUCACAUUCAUUCUGAACAAAUUAUUCAAUGUUUUUUCAAUAAACAAAUUUUAUCUUGGGACAUCUUGAAUAUUAUAUUUUUAUACCCAACCUAUAUUAGGAGUGAUUACUCUGUUCAAUGUGUAUUGAACUAUGGAAAUAUUACAUAUAAUAUUCUAUUGUAAUUGUCUACCUGGGUUAUUCCUUUGUUUGUAUUCAUUUGCUGAUU